AUAAAUUAUUAUUUGUGUUUUAAUUUUCUGGACACAUUAUAUUGUUUAUAUAUACUCCACUCCUCCCUCCAAAAAUUCUUACAUAUAUUCUCUUCUUUUUCUCUUCCCAAUAAAGCCAAUCCCACUUAAUUCAUUUCUUUUUCAUCUUAAAAAAAAAAAAAAAAAUAGUUUCUGACAGCACAUUUCUAACAUUUUCAUCUGAAAUCUAGGAUUUUCGAUAAAGGAGCUCAUUCUUGAUGUGUCUCAUCAAAAAAAUUUGCAAAAAUUACGUGUGUUUUCAGCAGUGACACCCUCCUAAGACAGGAGUAAAACACGCGUGUUUCUAGUAGCGACACCCUCCUGAGGCGAGAGAAAAACACGCGUGUGUUUCUAGCAGUGACACCCUCCUGAGACGAGAGAAACACAUGCGUGUUUCUAGUAGCGACACCCUCCCGAGACACGAGAAAAACACGCCUGUUUCUAGUAGCGACACCCUCCUGAGACAAGAUAAAAACACGCGUGUUUCUAGUAGUGUUACCCUCUAGACACAAAAAGAAAAAAUACGCGUGUUUCUGGUAGCGACACCCUCUAGAUACAAGAGAAAAAUUACAUAUCUAUUUCUAAUAGCGACACCCUCCUGAGACAAGAGAAAAACACGUGUGUUUUUAGCAGUGACACCCUCUAAACACGCGAAAAAUGUCUAGUCAUCGCGAACAUAUAUAUAGUAUCAGUACUGAUGAUGACGACGAUGAUGAAGAAGAAGAUGAUGAAAUCAUUGAAGAAGAUCAUAACAAAAUUCAUGAACCAUGUAGUGUUGUUGAACAUGUUCAUGUAAGAAAUGAUCACAAAGUUGGAUUGAUAAACAUCAUCAUAAGUUUAUUUUUCUCAAGAAAUAAACUCAUAAACCCUAAAGCACAAUGGGUACAAGAAUGGAAUAGGGUUUUCUUACUAGUAUGUGCAAUAGGUCUAUUUGUUGAUCCACUUUUCUUCUAUGCAAUCUCUAUAAGUGAAAGCUGUAUGUGUCUCUUCAUUGAUGGGUGGUUCGUGGUCGCGAUCACCGUGCUCCGGUGCAUGGGUGAUGGGCUACAUGUGUGGAAUAUGUGGUUGCAAUUCAAGAUGAUGAUCAAUAGAAGAAGAAAUUGUUCAUACUUGAAGAGCAACAAAGGUUUCUUGUUUGAUGUCUUUGUUAUACUACCUUUCCCUCAGCUAGUGAUGUGGGUAGGGAUCCCAACUCUAUUGGAAAAAGGAUUAACAACAACAGUGACAACAUUGUUAUUAAUUAUGUUUUUAUUUCAAUAUCUUCCCAAAAUCUAUCACUCAAUUUGCCUCUUGAGAAGAAUGCAAAAUCUUUCUGGCUAUAUUUUUGGCACUGUUUGGUGGGGAAUUGCACUUAACACCAUUGCUUAUUUCGUCGCAUCGCACGCUGUGGGAGCAUGUUGGUACUUACUAGGUAUUCAAAGAGCAGCCAAAUGUCUUCAAGAACAAUGCAUAGUUACAAAAGGUUGUGGCCUAAAAAUGUUGUCAUGUGAAGAGUCAAUUUACUAUGGAACAACUAGUUUGGUGAAAGAAAAAAGUAGAUUGAUGUGGGGAGAAACAAGUAAUGCAAGAUUUACUUGUCUUAAAAAUGGAGAAAAUUUUGAUUAUGGUGCUUAUAAAUGGACUAUUCAACUUGUCACAAAUGAAAAUAGGAUUGAGAAAACAUUACUUCCUAUCUUUUGGGGACUCAUGACAUUAAGAUAACUAGAGAAGGUGAUCCAGUACAAAGAAUGAUAUUUAUAGUAAGAGGUCACCUCCAAAGUAGUCAAUAUUUAAGAGAUGGUGUCAAAAGUUGUUGCAUGUUAGGCCCUGGCAACUUUAGUGGUGAUGAACUAUUGUCAUGGUGCCUCCGGCGACCCUUCGUCGAGCGGCUACCGCCCUCUACCUCCACGCUAGUCACUCUCGAGACAACCGAGGCCUUCGGCCUCGAGGCCGAAGACGUCAAGUAUGUCACACAACAUUUCAGGUAUACAUUUGUGAAUGAGAAAGUGAAAAGAAGUGCAAGGUAUUAUUCACCAGGAUGGAGAACUUGGGCUGCUGUUGCUAUACAAUUAGCUUGGAGAAGAUACAAACAUCGUUUGACACUUACUUCUUUGUCUUUUAUUAGACCUCGAAGGCCGUUAUCUCGUUGUUCUUCGUUAGGGGAGGAUCGACUAAGACUAUAUACUGCUUUGUUGACUUCACCAAAACCUAAUCUAGACGAUUUCGAUUUUUGAAAUCGAAAUAAUGUAGUAAGUUUUCGUGUAUUUAUGUAUAAUAAAUUUCCUAUAGUUCGAUCAAAGUCGUCUAUUAGGCCACGAUCAACACUUAACGAGAUUUUUUCUGAAUUUAUUGAUGGACUCUGAUUGACCUGAAAUUUGAUGUGUAUAUCGAGAGAACGGCAUGGUGAUCAAUACUCACCAUGUUCACCAAGAGAAAUAGCGAUUAUUUUGGCGUUUUGGGGUCAUGGUACACAUUCAUGAAUUUAGUCGUGUUUUGUGUGUAUCA